AUGGCAGUGUCAAUUAAUAAGGAGCAAGUGGUAUCUCAUGAGUUUCCCUCUGUCGAGCACCUUCGCGAUGAUCUUCGCGAACUGUCGGGAAUCAAUUGCCGUCGUCUGAUGGUGGCCAAUCGAGGUGAAAUCGCAAUUCGUAUAUUCCGCACGGCUCAUGAGCUUGGUUUGCAGACUGUGGCCAUCUACAGUUAUGAAGACCGCAUGUGUGGACAUCGCUACAAGGCCGACUUUGCGUAUGAAGUGGGCAAGGGCCUUGCGCCGGUGGCAGCGUACCUCGCGAUCGACGACAUCAUUCGUAUCGCAAAAGAGAACGAGGUCGAUAUGAUUCAUCCAGGAUAUGGAUUUCUCGCGGAGAACCCGGAAUUUGCACGGAAAGUGGAAGACGCGGGCAUCGCAUUCAUUGGGCCACGGCCAGAAACCAUCGAUGCUUUGGGCGACAAGACGAAAGCCCGUGAUCUUGCGCGAGCUGCGAAUGUGCCGAUUGUGCCAGGUACACCAGGCCCGAUUUCAAGCUAUGAGGCAGCGGAGCCAUUCAUCAAAGAAGUCGGUUUCCCUGUGAUUAUCAAGGCUGCCAUGGGCGGCGGUGGUCGUGGUAUGCGAGUCGUUUGGAGUAUGAAUGACUUCCAAGCAUCAUUUGAGCGGGCCGUGUCGGAAGCGCGUUCUGCAUUUGGUGACCCGACGGUGUUUAUUGAGCGGUUCCUUGACAAGCCGCGCCACAUCGAGGUCCAGCUCCUUUCCGAUGGCCAGGGCAACUGUAUUCAUCUGUUCGAGCGCGACUGCUCCGUGCAGCGCCGGCACCAGAAGGUCGUCGAGGUGGCCCCCGCAACCCAGCUUGAUGACAGUGUACGACAGGCGAUCCUUGAGGAUGCCGUCAAGAUUGCGCGGACAGCUCAGUACCGCAAUGCUGGCACAGCCGAGUUCCUCGUGGACCAGCAAAACCGGCACUACUUCAUUGAGAUCAACCCACGUCUCCAGGUGGAGCACACGAUCACCGAAGAGGUCACGGGCGUGGAUAUUGUUGGCAGCCAAAUUCAAAUUGCUAGUGGAGCCACACUCAAGGACCUUGGUCUGUCGCAAGAGAAAUUGGCGGUGCGUGGUUGUGCGAUCCAGUGCCGUAUCACAACGGAGGAUCCAGAAGCCGGCUUCCAGCCAGACACAGGCCGGAUCCAGGUGUACCGUGCAGCAGGUGGUACCGGUGUGCGACUGGAUGCCGGCUCUGGCUUCGUGGGCGCUCAGAUCACGCCACACUUCGACUCUCUGCUUGUGAAGGUGACGUGCCGUGCCGCGACGUACGAGAUGGCUCGCCGCAAGAUGAUUCGCGCGCUUGUCGAGUUCCGAAUCCGAGGCGUGAAGACCAACAUCCCUUACUUGGUGCGUCUGCUUCGCCACCACUACUUCGUCGAGGCACGAACGUGGACGACGAUGAUCGACGACACGCCGGAGCUUUUCAUCUUGUGGCACUCGGCGAAUCGUGCGCAGAAGUUGCUGAUGUACCUGGCCGAUCUGUACGUCAAUGGCAGCAGCAUCAAGGGCCAGGUCGGUGAGCCUGGUCUAUGGAGAGAGGCCCACCGUCCUACCAUCUUUAAGGAUGGCAAGCCUGUGGACACGAGCAAGCCCAUGCUGCAAGGCUGGCGCAACAUCAUUGUCAACGAAGGUCCUGAAGCCUUCGCAAGGAAGGUGCGGGCCUACAAGGGCACUCUAAUCAUGGACACGACAUGGCGCGACGCACACCAAAGUCUGUUUGCGACGCGACUGCGUACGAUUGAUAUUCUUAACAUUGCACGUGAGACAUCGCAUGCGCUCCACAAUGCGUACAGUCUGGAGUGCUGGGGUGGUGCCACAUUCGAUGUAGCGAUGCGCUUCCUGUACGAAGACCCGUGGGAGCGUCUGCGUGCGAUGAGGGAACUCGUGCCAAACAUUCCCUUCCAGGCUCUGAUUCGCGGUGCGAAUGCCGUUGGCUACACGUCGUACCCAGACAAUGCCAUCUACGAGUUUAGCAAGCGUGCCGUGGAGAAUGGUCUGGACAUUUUCCGUGUCUUUGACUCGCUCAACAAUCUGGAUUCGCUCAAGCUCGGUAUGCACGCUGCCAAGGUUGCUGGUGGUGUGGUUGAGGGCACCAUCUGCUAUACGGGCGACGUCGCAGACCCAUCGCGCCAUCCAAAGUACACGCUUGAGUACUAUUUGAAGCUUGUCGACGAGCUUGUCGCCACUGGCAACCUGCACGUGUUGGGUAUCAAAGACAUGGCAGGCCUGCUGAAGCCAGUGGCUGCGCGUCUCUUGGUCGGUGCCAUUCGCGCCAAGUACCCGGACUUGCCUAUCCAUGUACACUCGCACGACACGGCAGGCAUUGCCGUCUCCAGCAUGCUGGCGUGUGCGGAGGCCGGGGCUGAUGUCGUCGACGUUGCAGUCGACAGCAUGUCGGGUCUGACGUCGCAGCCGUCGAUGGGAGCCGUCGUGAGCUCGCUUGAGCAGAUGGAGCUGGGCACCGGCAUCUCUCACGAAAACAUUCAGCGGCUCAAUCUGUACUGGAGUGAGGUGCGCCAGCUUUACCAAUGCUUCGAGCAGAAUGUGAAGGCCUCAGACUCGUCCGUAUUCGACCACGAGAUGCCUGGCGGCCAGUACACCAACCUCAUGUUCCAAUCGCAGCAGCUGGGUCUUGGCUCUCAAUGGAGUGAGAUUAAGCAUGCCUACAUGGAGGCAAAUAUGCUGUGUGGCGACAUUGUGAAGGUGACACCAUCGUCGAAGGUCGUGGGUGACCUGGCUCAGUUCAUGGUAGCUAACAAGCUGUCGGCCAAGGAUGUGGAAGCGAAAGCGUCGGAGCUUGACUUCCCUGUGUCAGUGAUAGAGUUCUUCCAGGGCUUCCUUGGUACACCGCCUGGUGGCUUCCCUGAGCCUCUGCGCUCGCAUAUUAUCCGGAACAAGGAGCGUAUUGAUGGCCGUCGAGGAGCGUCACUUCCUCCACUGGACUUCCAGAAGAUCAAGGAUGAUCUUACCGUCAAAUACCGUCGUGUGAUGUCGGACUGCGAUGCCGUCAGUUGGGCCAUGUACCCGAAGGUGUUUGAAGAGUUCCAGGACUUUGUCGAUGCUCACGGUGACCUCAGCCGCAUGCCUACACGCUACUUCCUGGGCAAGCCAAAGGUCGGUGAGGAAAUGCAUAUCCCUAUCGAACAAGGCAAAGUUCUUAUUGUGAAGCUCUUGGGUCUCGGACCUAUGAACGACUCCACAGGUAUGCGUGAAGUACUGUUCGAGCUCAACUUCGGUCCUCGCAGCGUGUGCGUGAAAGACCACAGUGCCGAUGUCGAAGAGGUGCACCACGACAAGGCUACGUCCGAUCCCGGUAGUGUCGGCUCGCCACUGGCUGGUGUGGUUGUUGACGUCAAGGUGAAAGAGGGUGAUGCAGUGAAGCGCGGGGAUGCGUUGUUCGUCAUGAGUGCCAUGAAGAUGGAGACCAUCGUGUCAGCGCCUAUCGAUGGCAAGGUGUCUCGGCUGGCUGUGAAGCUCAACGACUCCCUGUCACAAAAUGACCUGCUUUGUGAGAUCAGCAGUACCUAA